AUGCACGCUCUCAUAUUCUCCUACGCUGUUUUAGCAGCCAUAAACCUCCGCCUCAUCUACACAAUCUUCACAGCCGCCACCACCCCAACCCGCCACAUCCCCGGCCCCUUCCUCGCCCGCUUCACCCGCCUCUGGUACUUCCGCAGCGUAUACCGCGGCACCGCUGAAAAAGACAACAUCGCCCUCCACCGAAAAUACGCCCGCAAUGGCCAAUUCUACGCCCCAGUCGUCCGUCUCGGACCAAACUUAUUCUCAAUCAUCGAGCCAGACAAGCAAGUGUACGGGAUCAGCUCGAAGAUGCGGAAGAGUGCCUGGUAUGAAGGGUGGAAGCACCCGAGUCAAGACCGGUGGACUAUGUUUCCGGACCAGGAUAUUCAACGACACGCGGAGACGAGGAAGAAGUUUCAGCAUUUGUAUUCGUUGAGUUCGUUGAAGAGUUAUGAGGGGUAUGUUGAUGAUUGUAUGAGGAUUUUCCAGGCACGGCUGCGGGAGUUGGCGACGGAGGGGAGGUAUAUUGAUAUGGGGCAUUGGUUCCAGUGUUAUGCUUUUGAUGUGAUUGGUGCUAUUACUUAUAGCAAGCGGUUUGGAUUCCUGGAUGCCGGUCGAGAUAUUGAUGGGAUUAUUGAGGCGCUGGACAAGAAUAUGCCGUAUUCGACGCUGGUGGGAAUCUAUGCAUGGCUUCAUCCGUAUCUGUAUAAAGUCAUGGAGAAACUGCCUGGUUCAGGAGCAGCUAGUCGGACCAAGCUUAUGAAGUUUGCACAGCAAAAUAAAGCCAAGCGUGAGGCUCAGAGGGAAGCUUGGGAUUUGGAAGGUAAAGGGGUGGAAGAAAAGGAGGAAGGGCAACCGGAGGAUUUCCUGGAGAAGAUGCUGGACAUGAAGCGAGAUCAGAAGAAGGGCGUGACUGACUACCACUGCCAGAUUAUGGGACUUAGCAACAUCAUCGCUGGCAGCGACACGACAGCCGUGAGCUUGAGCUCGGUCUUGUAUCAUCUCAUCAAAACGCCACGAGCUAUGCAGAAGUUGAGGGAUGAAGUCAAAUCGGCGGAAGAGCAGGGAAGGUUGGCACCAGAUACAGUAUCGUUCGCUGUUAGUCAGGAGAUGCCAUACCUCCAGGCGUGCAUCAAAGAAGCUCUGAGAGUUCAUCCUGCGGUAGGCCUACCAUUAUGGAGGGUUGUCAAUCAGGGCGGAGCUGAGAUCAAUGGCGAAUACAUGCCUGCCGGGUCGGAGGUAGGCAUCAACGCUUGGGUAGUGCACAAUGACCGCGACAUCUGGGGCGCGGAUGUCAAUGAGUACAGACCUGAAAGAUGGUUAGAAGCCGACGCAGAGCGACUGAAGAAGAUGGAACAAUAUUAUCUACCUUUCGGACUGGGUGCGAGAACGUGUAUCGGCAGACACAUAUCGUAUCUGGAAAUGACGAAGCUCGUGCCACAGAUCGUGCGCACAUUCGAUUUUGAACUGCAACACCCAAAUCCGGAGUGGAAGUGCCUCAACUACUGGUUCGUGAAACCUGCGAAUUUCUAUGUACGAGUCAAGAUGUUGGAGAAGGAAGGAUGA